AUGAGAGUUCUCAAGACGUCUUCACAUUGCCUCUUUUGGGUGAACAUGUUGGAUGAUGGUACCUCUGGCAGCAACAGGAUACGGAUCUCAAAGCAAGAAUGUGAAACAGCAGCAAGACAACAUGGAUGGCAUGGAGAUACGGUUUCCAUUUGUGACAAGAAUGCUAUUGAGCAGCACCACAAGGUAAGAGGUUCAUUGUGGGAUUGGUUGGAUUCAAGUGAACUUACCAAACACCAUGCAGUGGCAAAUCCUCUUUCGGCGAUACUAUUAUUAUCAAGGCUGCACGUCAAGGACGUCAUUGUACUAUACUUUCCUGUGGAACUCUACAUGUUGUGCCCGGGGACAGUGCGACUCUUGUUGCGGCCUCAUGGAUUUAAAAUUGCAUCCUCUGUUCGCACGGCUCCAUCGUUUUACGGCUAUUGA